AAUCUGAUUGGCUGUGCUGUAAGAGGUCGGAGUUCGCCAAGUUCGAAAGCAAAAUGGCUGCUGAACCAGCACGAGAGUGGAGCGAUGAGCAACUGAACAGUGAAGAAAUACCAAAAAAAGACCUAAUCAAAUUUCUCCAGGACAAUGCAUCAAAUUCGUUUCUUGUUGAACACAAGCUCAUGGGAAAUAUCAAGAAUGUUGCAAAGACUGCAAAAAAGGAGCAGCUUGUUGAUGCCUACAAACAGCUGUUUGAGAGCAAGAGGUUUAAAGGCACGGAAGUGGAGCAGGUGACUGAGGAGGUGAAAGCGGUGAAGAUUGAAGAGAAGUCCAAAGAAACAAAGACAGAAGUUGUAGAUGAGGGCCCUCCAAAGUUCACCAAGGCAGUGUUAAAGAAAGGAGACAAAACCAACUUUCCCAAAAAGGGUGACACAGUGUCAUGUUGGUAUACUGGCACACUUGAAGAUGGCACUGUUUUUGAUACCAACAUCCCUUCAGCGGCACGCAAAAAGAAGCAGGCCAAACCACUUUCCUUUAAAGUCGGCAUGGGAAAAGUUAUCAGAGGGUGGGAUGAAGGGCUGCUGACCAUGAGCAAAGGUGAGACUGCACGCUUGGAAAUUGAGCCAGAAUGGGCCUACGGUAAAAAGGGUGUUCCUGAUUCUAAAAUCCCACCAAAUGCUAAACUUUUUUUCGAGGUUGAACUGGUGUCCAUUGAUUAGGACUGCCAACAUGUUCACAUCGGCAGAGGAGGAUUAUCCCUUACAGCAGAACUCAAGUCUUCAACACAGUAUUCUUCAGACUCAUACACUGCAUAAUUCCUCUAUUCUUCAGGCAGAGCAGGACAUUACUGAUUGUUGAUAUAAAUUCACAUUACUUUGCAUGUUUUUCUUUGAGAA